AUGUUCACCACCACAACUACAACCUCCAUCAUUGACUUCUCUCCCAUUACACAACCCCACUCUCAAUCCAAGAAGAGGUCGCGACGAGAAGGUGCAAAAUGGACGCGAUCUGGUUGUCUGACCUGCAAGAGACGUCGCAAGCGCUGUGACGAAGCGAAACCCACUUGUCGUACCUGCAACAGAUUAGGCCUAAGUUGUGAAGGGUACGGUUCCAUGUGGGCAGAACCUCUCAAUCCAUUCGCACAAGUGUUCCGACAAUCCUCGGCCUCGAAACGACGGCGCACAAGCUUAUCGCCUGCUGCGUCAACAUAUUCGCCGGUUUCUUUUGAAGGUUCCUCUCCGGUAUCAAGCUCAUCACUCUACCUACCUCCUUCUCCAUCAUCGUCCGAAUAUGGCGCCAUACAAAUUCGCUCUCCGUCCGCCGAAAGCAACGACCUUAGCAAUUGCAACGAGUCUCUUUUCGAAACUAAACAGGUCGACGAAGUGACAGUGAUUGUGCCUAAUCCUACAGGUUUCAUCAGCCAUUUGUCAAACAUCGAAUCCCACUAUCUGCAAUACCACAUGGAACACGGUUCCAGACUUUUGGCCAACCUCGAGAACGACGAGAAUCCCCUGCGGUCAUUGCUCAUCCCAAGAGCGCUGUCAUCUCCACUAUUGAUGAAGGCACUCUGUGCCCUGUCUGCAAUGCACUUUGCCAACCGAUCCCAAAAUAGCUUGUGCGCGCAAAACACCGCCGCCGAUUACUAUGGGCAAACGCUGAGCGGGCUGCGAUCUGUGCUUGCAGGGAACCCCGGCGGCGCUCUGCCGGAUGAGUCGAUAAUAGCAGUCGGCCUACUGGUCAAGUACGAAAUUGUCCGGGGCAGUGUGCAACAAUGGUCUGUGCAUCUGGAUGCCUUGGAAAAACUACUCAUCUCGCGCGGUGGAUUUGGCGCUUUUGAUCGAGACACAGCGGAGUUUCUGUGGGGACUGCUUGUAUACGCCCAGAACAUCGCCAAGAUCACCAAUCGGGGCCGAAUCACUCGUCGUAUCCCCGGCUCGGAAACCAUGACUCUGACGAAGCUUGAUAUAUAUGUUGGUUACACCGAAGACAUUAUUCGAAUAUGCGCCCGAAUUGCGGAUCUACCGACACUGUGUCAUGAUCCUGUGGCUUUCGCUGCCGAGGUCCAUUCAAUCGACGCGGCCCUUCACGACUGGACACAUGAGAACACGCAAUGUAUAAUACCAAAAGGCAUCUCUGAGGACACUCUUUUCCGGCUGCGGAUGGUGGCCGAAUGUUUCCGCGACGCUGCAUACAUCUACCUCCAUUCGACCCUCGAUAGGAUGGCUUCAGGGACCGGAAAUCCGAUAUUACCGUCACUAUGGCCAUCAUUCAUCUCGGUGACGAAGUCAGAGGCUGUGCGACGAUGUCUUUUAAGGAUCGCGUCCUUGCCUCUGGACGAGCACUGCGAAUAUUCCGCCCUCACGUUCCCACUGUUCAUGUGUGGCUGCGAAACCGACGAGGAUGCGGACCGGGAAUGUGUCUUUGAGUCUUUGAGUAAACUCGAGGCCAACUUUGGCAUUGGCAACGUCAAGCGGGCAAAGGAGCUUUUGCGUCUUCUCUGGGAUGGAGAGAGGAGGCAUUGGAUGGAUGUUUUGGAGGAGUUGGGAUGGAAUCUGAUCGUCGCCUAG